GGGGCAGCGAUGGCGGCCGGCGGGGCGGCGCGGACCGCGCUGCUGCUGCUGCUGGGGGCGGCGGCGGCGCCGGUCCCGGCCCGGGGUUCGCAAGGGGAUCGGGAGCCGCUCUACCGGGAGUGCCUGAGCCGCUGCGAGAGGCAGAACUGCUCCGGAGCGGCGUUGCGGCACUUCCGGGCCCGACAGCCGCUCUACAUGGGACUGACAGGCUGGACAUGCCGUGACGACUGCGCCUACGAGUGCAUGUGGGUGACUGUGCGGCUCUACGCCCGCGGUGGGCACGGCGUGCCCCAGUUCCACGGCAAGUGGCCCUUCUGGCGGGUGCUGUUCGUGCAGGAACCCGCCUCAGCUCUCGCCUCCUUCCUCAACGGCCUGGCCGGGCUGCUCAUGCUGCUGCGCUACCGGGCGGCCGUGCCCCCUGCCUGCCCCAUGUACCCCACCUGCGUGGCCUUUGCCUGGGUCUCUCUCAACGCCUGGGUCUGGUCCACGGUCUUCCACACACGCGACACGGCGGUGACAGAGAAACUGGACUAUUUCUGCGCCUCAGCUGUUAUCCUGCACUCCCUCUACUUGUGCUGCGUCAGGACACUGGGGCUGCAGCGCCCGGCCUUAAUCGGGGUGCUGCGGGCGCUGCUGCUGCUGGUGCUCGCCGCCCACAUCUCCUACCUGAGCCUCGUGCGCUUUGACUACGGCUACAACAUGGCAGCCAACGCGGCCAUGGGGCUGCUGAACGCGGGCUGCUGGCUGCGCUGGUGCCUGCGCUGCCGCCUGCCCCACGCGUGGAAGUGCGGCGCGGCCGUGGGGCUGCUGCAGGCGCUGGCGCUGCUGGAGCUGCUCGACUUCCCGCCGCUGCUCUGGGUGCUGGACGCCCACGCGCUCUGGCACCUGGGCACCGUGCCCCUCACCGUGCUCUUCUACAGCUUCCUGACUGAUGACAGCCUCUACCUCCUCAAGGCCAACCCCCCCCUCGCCAAAGUCGACUAGAGCUGCCGGGGGGUGUGGGGGGGACACAGCCCCCCGUCCCCACCCUGCUCCCGCCCUGCCCUGUGCCAAGCGGCCCCCCACCCCCCCCCGAGCCCCCCUGGACCCCCCCGGCCAUGGGUUCCCCUCACCUCCCCCGGUUGCCUUCAGAGCUUUGUGUUUCUCUCCCCUCCCAUCUGCCCCCUCCCCUCCCUUGGGGCACGGGAGGGGGUGUCAAGGACACCCAAGCCCCCCCGACCCCCCCCACCCCGUGACACACACUCCCCCCCCGCCGGGUGCUGGUACUACGGCGGGGGGAUGGGGGGGUUCCUCGGAGCUGCUGGGUGGCUUUUGGGGGGCAGGGGAGGGAGAAUGUAUGGGGAUGGAGCAGUGCCUUGGGGCUGGGGGUGCCCCUCCCCCGUGCCCCCUCCCUCGGGGUGCAGCCCCCAUCCCCCCCCCCGCCCCCCCGAGUGUCUUGUGGGAUAUGAAUAAAGCUGAGUUCAACCUGUGUUCAA